UUUAGACCGAGUCUUGCCAGCCAGUCUAGUCAGCUGGGCCGUUCCCGCCAACUCUGCACUCCGUACGUGCAACAUGUCACCUAGAACUCCGAGUCAGGAAUGUGACCGUGUAUAACUCUAUCUCUGUACUGUAGCAUGGUAUGGACGACAGCGACUGCUCUGAAGUGACGUUUGACGACCUGGGAUGGGACUGCUUCUUCCCGUGCCUCCCCGAGAAGGGAGUGGACCUGUCCGGGAUCUACGUCAUCAACCCGGCCGGGCCGCGGAGAUGGCAGGAGGAGGAGGAGGGGGAACAGAGCAGCAGUGAAGACGAGGACGUUGACCCCGUCACCCGAGCGCUCCCGCUGAAGUCGUACCUGAUCUCCGAGGUGGGCGGGGCGACAGCGACGCCAGGCGAACCUCAGUGGUACUGCCAGGAUGAAGGUAACCUGGACGACUUUGACUGGGACAACUACGUCCCGGCUCGCCUGGGUCGCUACAAACCCACGUACGCCUUCGUCCUAACUCAUGGUCAUGGUCACAACCCCAGUCUGUAUUACGACAAGGACACUCCGCUUUACGACAACCGCCGCGAUUACGGCAGUAAAGACGGCCCAUUUUGCGGCAGCUUCCCGACCUACAGCGCCUGCGCACCGCACUACAACACAGUUGCCAUAGAGCCGCGCGACGCCAGGUCAGGGAACUGUUACGUUUACGAGAACUUCGAGGCGGAAAACGGACGACAAAAUGUCCUCAGGACCGUGAACCCCCAAUACCUGAUGUUCCCGCCACCAGAGGAGCUGUACCAGUCUUUUAACAAAGCUACAGGUGGUGCCAACAACACCCGCCCCCAAAAUCAUUAUAAACACAAAUACCAAACGGGUAACUCCAAGCAUUCCUUUGCAAGUCAGAAAACUAGAUUCGGUGACAACAUAGGUAACAAGAAAACCGAGAGACACAGCAGUAGUAGUAGUAGUAGAACGACAGUGAAUCAGAGCAGCAAAUUUGCUGUUUCAAGUGGCAAAGUGAAUCCAGAAAGUAGUUUUAGGUUGAAAAGCAGACCCGACACGAGUACUAGCUGGACUAAGUCUCUCUCGCGAACGAAUUCGCCUGGUUUAGAUGGUUCAACGUCGAGUAACGUUACAAAACUUGGCCAAGAAACCAACAACAAGGAGAACAGAGGCAACCGCCCUCCAGAAAACCCUGUAGAAUCAGAUCGGAACCGUAACGUCACAACGAAAAGCCAUCAGAACGCACCUCCAGAGGGAAAAAGACGGCGAGUCCGUCGCUUCUUUCUCGGAUACAUGAAGACCUCAGACUCGCUAAACGACAUCAAAGAAGCUAUCUACAGCCACGCUAGAGAAAAGGGAGUGGAGCUAACCUACGUGCGAAUGAUGAAGAACGAAAGACAAGGCGUCGUCUUUGCUAGAGUGAACGUCGCUAUCGAACAGGCCAACAUUGUUCUGCAAGAGAACUUUUGGCCGUCGGAUAUGAUAUUUAGACCGUGGCUGUCCAAAGCAAAGUAUAAAGAACAGGGAGGUACUACUACUACUAGGAUGCCCCACAUUGAAGAGGAACAUGCGUUAGAAGUUUCUUGUUAAACAAGACGACAAAUGUUAUCAUUAUCAUCGUUGUGUUACAUGUAUUAAACGAGACGUUAUACGGAUCCAUUUUAUUACAUGUUACAGAAAU